CAGCUAAAUAUAGAAUGUGAAAAUGGAAACAUCGGCUAUUUUGUCGGACUUAUCGUCGCCAUUGACACUGCCACCGUGUUCAGGGGAAAGCACAAAUAUCACCGGUGAAUGCAUCGAGCAGGAGACAGAGCCUGAAUGGGAGAGCGAAGUGGUUGGCAUUAAAGUAUGGCAACUCGUGGGAAUUAUUCUUUCGGUCAUUCUGGCUAUUACAAUAAUGAUAUGCUGCUGCAUUAGAUUCAGAAUACCAAGGACCAAGCAAGAGAUCGAGGCUGAUUAUAUUAGAAAAAAGUUGACUCGUAACUUCAGAAAAGAGUUGGCUAAGAUUCACGACAAGGAAAUGGAUGAAAUGGAUUUGAAAAGAGCUUUAGAUCGUGUAAACGAUGUUUUGAGCGCCGUAGAAACGGAUGAAACACAAAUGCAAGAUAAGAAAAUAAUUUACAAGAGGUCAGAUAGAGGAUUCGGAACGAAGUUCAAUGCAAUGUUUCAGGAUAUGCGAAUUCGGUUCAAUAAAGAAGAACAUACGGAAUCGAAUACAAUGAUUUAGCUUACUUAAAAACUUCCUUAAAACUGUUGUAUUUUUAAUUCGUAUAAAGGAAUUUGUUUUUGUAUUUUGUUAUUCAUUGUUCAUUAACCGUUUACUAUGUAAUUGAGAUUUAUGAAUUAUUUGUAUAUGUCAUUUGUAAAGUUUAUUUGUUUCUAUUUGGCUUUUCCAAAAACUCAAGAUUGCAUAAUAUUUGAAUUGUCGAUUCAAGUUUAUAUACAAAUGUUUGCUCGUUGCCUUUAAAUAGUUCGAAAUUUUGAAUAAUUUAAUGAACUCUUAACGCUUUCCUUAUUUACUGAAAUAUCUCGUGUUUAUGUGUAUUGAGCUUAAAAAUCAAUAGUUGGCCUAUCACGUACUAUCAUAUAAGUUAAAAAAAUAACACU